AUGCAGACCCUGUGGCGGGAGGCUGCCAGGCCCUACGUCCCCCGGGGGACCCUUGAAGCAGAUUUCCCAGCACCUCUGUACAGCGACGACUACCUGUCCGUGGAGGGGCCCCGCUGGACACCGGCCACCAGGCAGGCAGUGCGCUGGAAGUACGCCCCCAUGGGGCACGACGCCGCCGGUCAGCUGGGCUACACUGGCCUGACCAACUCCGAGUCCCGGGAAGCCUGGCACACAGUCCCGCGGGCUCCGGACAGCCCAUACCGCGAGGCCUACACGCGAUGGCCUGGGGGGCACGGGCACCCGGACCCCCGGGGGCAAACCCCCUACACGCAGCGCCUCCGGGAGACCGCCUGGUAUGACCCUGUCCUCCCUGCCCAGUGCAGGGCCCCCAGCACGCAGUGGGGGAGCACGCUGUGGCCGGACAGACCCAGCCGGGGCAAGGAAUACGUGGUCAACAGGCACUGGUACCGGGCGGAGCCGCCGUGGCAGGGGUCUGACGACGUGCCGUUCCUGUCGGCGCCCCGGCGCCUGCGCCACACCACGCAGAACUACAGGCAAUGGUACCUGGAACCUUACUGUCCCUCCACCAUCCAGCGGCCCCCAUCCGUCUACACACCCACCCACUGA